UGGUUCGGCAUUAGCAUUAUGCCAGCAGAUCUUCAGUGAUCCAGGGUAUAAAUAGAUGUGAAGUGUGUGAAGAUUGUGGCAGAACUUUGACGAACUCUGAAAAGAAUCAAACAACAUGAAAGUUACUAUUCUGACGAUUUUCAUUUGUCUUUGGGCCAACUGCCUGAAGUCAGGUAAUGCCUUGUUUUUCAAGGCUCUGAAGGGACUGAAAUAUUACGGUAGUUCUGAUUAUGGCUACAACUAUGGAGGUUAUGGAGGAGGUUAUCCUACAGGUUAUACCAACAAUUAUAAUGGUGGAUAUGGAGGAUAUGGAGGAUACGGAGGAUAUGGAGGAUAUGGAGGAUAUGGAGGAUAUGGAAGCUAUGGAGGUUAUGGCAAUUCCGGAGGCUAUGGAGGCUAUUCAGGACCCACCAGAAAUCGGCAGCGCACAGGACGCACCUACAAGGAUAUUGCGCGUGUUCUUGCUCCUGAUAGAUACCUUGGUCUCGGCUCUGGACGUUAUCUUCCCCGCGCUCCCUAUUCCCAUCUAUGGGGUUAAUUUAAUUAAACUUAUUAGAAAACUCUAAUUAUAUAAUAAGCAACAAAAUUAAUGUUAUAUGACGAAUGUGCUGCAAUUAAGCCUGAGCAAAGUUAUAGGAUAACAAUUUAGUUUUAAAUAAAUCUCGUUUAAUUUAA